ACGACGUGGCUUCAUGAGAAGCUUUUAUUUAGCAAAACGCUUAGGUGUUACGCAAAGUAUGUUUUUCACCAAAAGUUUGAAUUUAAUGCAAACAAAAAAUUUCCUUAAAAAAAUUACAUACAAAGUUUACGGACAUGAAGCUGAAGGUUUACGUCGAACACUUAUGAAAAGUAUCGGGUCCCUUAUCGCUAAAAGACUCAAACCUUUUGGCUGCAUCAUCUCUUGCAACUCGACGAGUCAGAAACAUAGGAUCCCAUACCGGUACUACCCGGACCUUCUCUCCUUAGCAGCAAACAACGAUGUCAACGUUCUCUCAUGCGCUCUGAAUGAUCAGACGCACCACAUUGUGGAUAGAGAAGUGAUGGAGGCUCUUGGGAAGAAGGGGAUUAUAAUCAAUGUGGGACGAGGAGGGCUGAUUGAUGAGAUGGAGAUGGUUAAGUGUCUGGUGGAUGGUGUGAUUGGUGGUGCUGGUUUAGAUGUGUUUGAGAAAGAACUGGGAGUUCCUGAGGAGUUGUUUGGUUUGGACAAUGUUGUCUUGUCUCCACAUGCUGCUAUGGUCACGCCAGGGUCUUUGGACAAUAUUGCGCAGCUUGCUUUAGCUAACUUGAAGGCGUUCUUCUCGGACCAGCCUUUGAUUUUCCCGGUUCAGUUAGAUUGAAAGAUCGUUCGGUUUGAUCAAAGGGGCUAAUAAUCAAAUCUAUUUUUAAUUAUUGCACGAUAUGGUUAAGAAAAGGAAAAAAAAGAGAAGUGUAUUGUUGAUCAAUGAUCAUUGACUCCCAUAUAUAGAAGAAGACAGAAUAUUAAAAUCAAAAUGCUAAUGUGUAAUUGUUGGAGCGAUCUGUGGAAGAAUUAAAUAAAAUUAUAAAUUAUUUUAAGAUGAAAUAAUGAAUUUACAGUUUACAAAAUUUGAGAAGUAACUUAAAAUUUGUAAACUGUAAAUUCAUUAUUUCAUCUUAAAGUAAUUUAAAAUUUUAUUUAAUUUUUGUGUUUUAUAGGUCGCUUCAGGCAUCUAACAACAGUUGAAGACCGUUCGGAUAUUUUAUUUGAUUCUCAAAUUUCUGAAAUAAAGUACUACAAAUCAAUGUGAGUUUAUUAUGAUUUCAAAAUAUUAUUAUAGCAGUA